AUGGAAUUUCUCGGUAUGCAUGACACGUCCAGCCCAAACACACAGUCCUCUCCUCCACCUCCGCCUUUAUGUGCCUCCGCCUCGCCCUCUUUGAUGCCACCACAUCGUAGUGAUAAGACGGAUCUUCGGCUUCGCAUCAAACAUGCGAUGAACGCAAGGGAACGAACUCGUACGGCCAGUGUCAAUGACGCCUUUCUCAUGCUCCGUCGUCUCAUCCCCACUCAGCCGUUGAACCGCAAGCUAUCAAAGAUUGAGACACUUCGACUGGCAACCUCGUACAUCGCUCAUCUCAACUCCAUUCUUGUGACUGGUAUUCCAGCCUCAGAACAACCCUGCCUAAGACAUCAUGAUGUACCCUAUGCCGGGCAGCGACCCAGUGUAUGCACAUUUUGCGUAAACGAGUUCAAACAACGGCAGAAAGAACUGGAGGAGCAAAUCUAA